AUGUCAGAUCUUUUCGCCACAUACGAGUCAGACUUCCAGUUGGCUAUCCAGGAUGCUAAGGCCAAGUUUGCAACUGCAAAUUCCGCUUCUGGACCACAACGCAGAAAUGCAUUACAAGCCAUUGAACAUGCCACCGAUGAAGCAUUAGAAGUAUUGGAUCAGAUGAACAUCGAAGUCCAGAGUCUUCCCGCAAACCAAAGACUGACGUAUAACGUCCGUAUCCGUCAGUAUAAAGCAGAAGUCGAAGAAAAUAAGACAAGAUUGAAGCAGUUAUUGGAUGAGGAGGACAGAUCUCAACUUUUUGGAAAUAGAUAUACUGACGAUGAUGACGACUCUGGGGCCAAUUCUCAGCGUAAGCAGCUUUUGAGCAACAACGCCUCGUUGGAGCGUUCUUCAGACAGACUUAGAGAUUCGCAGCGUAUUGCGUUGGAAACGGAGAGUAUUGGAGGCAACAUCUUGAAUGACUUGAGAGCUCAAAGAGAGCAGAUCUCCAAUGCAAGAAACACUUUGCUGACUGCCGACACUUACGUUGAUAAGUCUGUGCAAACUCUUAAACUGAUGACUCGACGCAUUACUGCCAACAAAUUUAUCAGUUAUGCCAUCAUUGCUGUAUUGAUCUUGCUAAUAUUCUUAGUUCUUGCCAGCAAGUUCUGGUGA